AGCUCUCGCGGUCUCAUUGAAACGCAUCGGAAGGGUCGUGGAAAGUUACUAGCCCCUGGCAGUCCAAUAAAACCCUAAGUGUGUUCGAAACGCUCGCCGACGCAGUCAAAAUCAGCGCACAAAUCGUCUGGGAUUGCUUCAACAUGUCGUGACGUAGCGAAUUGAAAGAGGAUUUCGUGGUUGCAGGCUUCUUCUGGAGAGCAAUCAUCUGACAGUAGCAGACCGGCUGUUCAGGUGAAUCGAAAGUUUCCUCGUCGUCGAGCUCAGUUUCUUCUCUGUGCGUGACCAUCGAAUGAAGUUUUCGUGAAGGCACAGUAAUGGAUGCAAACAGCCCUGCAGAGGGCAAGCUGGAUUGCAGUUCAUGUGAUGAUGCUGUCAAGAAUUUCGUGAUUCAGGAAGAGGGGGAAGACAUAGAGAAUGACGUACAUCCGUUUACUGCAUUUCUUGUAUCGCAUGAUAUUGAAGACGAAGACGAAGACGAAGUCGAGUCAGAAGAUGAAGAGUGGCAGCCCCAUGUGCGUUGGAUUUGCAUAAACUGCACAAUGCCGAAUCCAGAAGAUGAGGACCAUUGCUGGAAGUGUAACGAACAAUGUGAUUCGAACAUUUUGGAGCAAAAGUUAGCGUCUGUGCCAUCCGAAUUAACAGGCGUUGAUGGGUUUGCGAAAUCUACAGCAGCGGAGGAGCUUAGUUUUGCAGAGAGGAUUUCGAAGAACUUGACAUUUUCAGGAACAUUCGUGUCUGGAAAUGAAAAGAAAACCGUUAUUGGUUUCGACGAAAGAAUGUUAUUACAUGAGGAAACUGGAAAAUCACACCCUGAGCGCCCAAAUCGACUACGAGCUAUCAUGGAAGGCCUUCAAGCUUCUGGAUUGCUCUCCGAAAGAUGUUUUACAAUACCUUCCAGAGAAGCUACUGAAGCAGAAUUGGAAGUUGUCCAUACUGCCAAUCAUAUAAGUGCAGUGCAAGCUACAGAAAGACGAGGCUUAAGUUACUUCACUUCUGACACAUAUGCUAACGAACACUCUGCAUUAGCGGCAAGACUAGCAGCUGGAAUUUGUGCAGAUCUGGCAUCAGCUAUCAUGACUGGAACGGCCUGCAAUGGUUUUGCAGUGGUUAGGCCACCUGGACAUCAUGCUGAACAAGACCAAGUCAUGGGAUUUUGCUUGCAUAACAAUGUAUGCGUCGCUGCUCGAGCUGCGCAGGCUUCCGGGGCGAAGAAGGUUCUUGUUGUUGAUUGGGAUGUUCACCAUGGGAAUGGGACCCAAAAGAUUUUUGAACAAGAUCCAACAAUACUGUAUAUCUCCCUUCAUCGACAUGAAGCUGGUGCGUUCUAUCCUGGAACUGGUUGGGCACAUCACGUGGGGAGUGGCCCUGGUGAAGGGUUUAGUGUCAACAUACCAUGGAGCUGUGGCGGAAUUGGGGACGAAGAUUACCUGUCAGCAUUUCAGCACAUAGUCAUGCCAAUUGCUCGUCAAUUUGAGCCAGAUAUAACAAUUGUUUCAGCUGGCUUUGAUGCCGCUAGCGGAGAUCCUCUGGGAGGUUGUGAUGUAACUCCUGAGGGCUAUGCACAAAUGACUUCCCUCUUGAGCUUUCUUGCAGCUGGCCGGAUCCUUGUUGUCCUGGAAGGAGGUUAUAAUCUGCGCUCUAUUUCUGCCUCAGCAGCUGCUGUUAUGAAGGUUCUUCGAGGUUCAAACCCUGGUCCAUUGCCAGACAAUCUCCAGCCAACUCCUGCGGGCGUAGGAGCCAUGCUGGAUGUGUUCACGAUUCAGAGACGAUACUGGUCAAAUCUACAUGAUGCGACAUUCUUAAAAUUGGAAACUCUUCUAGACACUUGGUCCAAAGCUGGUGAAGGGAAAGGCAUUAAACGGCGAUACAUUGACAAUCCAGUUUGGUGGAAAUGGGAUCGCAAAAGGUUUUGCGCAGAUGUACCAUAAAGAGGCAAAAAAUUGCCUCACAAGGGCGCUACUAUUUAGAUCUUAAGAGCAGAGUGCAAAAGCAAAUCCAAUCUAGCUGAGUCUACUGAUUAAUAUCGAAGAACUAGUCUCUGAAAUAGUUACUCAGCCUGUAUAUUAAGUCUUUAUUGAACUGCAUUUACUUGAUAACAUUGAUUAUUUUAAUCCUGUGUAAACUUGUUCCAAGUCGGUGCCCGAAGAUUGUGGCCUAUACAAUGGACUGCUUUGGCUGAUGCCGUGUGAAAUGGAAUUACCACACUAGGUUCUUAUCCAG